AUGUCAAAAAAUGAAGAAAGACAGAUAAGAGAAUUAUUAAAAUUACCAGAAAAUUUAAAAUGUAUGGAUUGUCCACAAGGUUCUGUUUAUGCAUGUUUGGAUUUGGCCACUUUUGUUUGUCAAUCAUGUAGUGGUAUUCAUUCAAAUUUUGGUAGAAGAGUAAAGUCUGUCUCUAUGGGUACUUUUAAACCAGAAGAAGUCUCAAAAUUAAAAGCUGGUGGUAAUAAGGCAGCAAGAGCUUAUUGGUUAGCAAGAUGGAGACCAUCAGAUUUUCCAGAGCCAUCAGAAGGAGAUCAAACUAGAAUUAGACAAUUCAUUGAUUUAAAAUAUAAUAAAAGACAAUGGGUAGAUAAUGGUGCACCAAAAGUUGAACCAUUAUCAAAUAUUUUAGGAAGUGAUAUACCACCAAUUCAAGUUUAUUCUAACAACAACAACAAUAAUAGCCAACCACAUUCUCAAAAUAGUACACCAACUACUGGCCGUCAAGCUAGUUCUAAUAGUUUAUGGGAUUCACCACCUGCUUCAAACAGAAAACUUUCAACAACACCACCAUCAACCGUAAAUAGUAAUAAUCCAACUCCUUCAAAACAAAAUAGUACUUUAAUUGAUUUAAAUGAUAUAUUUUCACAACCAACACAACCAUCAUAUCAACAACAACAACAACAACCACAACAAUCUUUUGCUAUGAUGAAUAAUGGGUAUAAUGGUAUGAAUAAUGGUAUGAAUAAUGGUAUGAAUAAUGGUAUGAUGAUGAAUAAUGGUAUGAAUCAAUAUGGUCAACAACCACAACAACAAUUACAAGUUGGGGAUAAUCAUUCAUGGAAUAAUUCUGGCAAUACAAGUUGGCAACAAUCAGUAAAUCAAUGGGGUACCCCAAAUAAUAGUAUUCCAUUACAACAACAACAACAACAAUACAAUAUGAUGGGAUAUCAACAACAACAACAACAACCACAACAACAACCACAAAUGAACAAUGGUUAUCAACAACCACAACUUUAUAAUAAUAUGAUGAGUAGUAAUAGUAGUAACUACUCACCACCUCCAUUUAAUCAACCAAAUAAUCAAUAUAAUGCAAAUCAAAUCUUUGGUGGUGAUUGGGGAAAUUCAAACACCUCACAAAUGCAACCUCAACCUCAACAACAACAACUACAACAACAACAACAACAACAACAACAACAACAACAACAACAAAUUAAUCCAUUCGCAUCAAGUAAUAGUGGUAGUGUUGGAAAAGCUAAUAGUGGAAGUAUAGGUAGUAGUAAUAAUAAUCAAUUUGGUGCAUUACAACCACAACCAUAUAAUAGUGGUGGUAAUAUAAACUCAUUUGGAAGUCAACCACAACAACAACCACAACAACAACAACAAAAUUCACCAUUCGCAAGUUUAUCACCAUUUUCUAAUAAUAAUACAACCAGUAAUAAUAAUAAUACCAACAGUGGAAGUGUAACAAAACCCAAUCCAUUUGAAUCAACAUUUAAUACAUCAUCAACAUCAGUUUCUUCUCCUCCUGCAACUGCAAAUUCUAAUCCAUUUUCAAAUCCUUUUGGUAAUAAUGGUAAUACUACAAGUAGUAAUAUGAUUAAUAGUGGGAAUGGAAAGAUUAAUAGUUUUAAUAAUAAUAAUAACAAUAGUUUUAAUUACAAUAACAAUACAUCAAGUAAUAAUAAUAAUAACAAUAAUAAUAAUAAUAACAAUAAUAAUAAUGGUGCAUUUAGUAAUGACGAUUUUUUCUCUCAACUCCAAGCACCAAAACAACAACAACCACCACAACAACAAACUUCAACACCAUUUGGUGAUUAUAGUGGAAGUGGUAGUUUCUUUUAA